AUGCAUAACGUAUUUGCAAAAGUACCGAACAUUUAAAGACUACAAAAGAAAAUCAUAAGUAUAUUUUUAUUACUUUAUUGAUAUUCGUUGAGAAUAACAUUAAGUACGCAUUUAUAUUUCAAUUUGUAACGAAAAUUUAAAAAUGAAAAUAAUUUAUAUUAUUGUUUUGAUUAUGUCUGCUAAUAUGCUAUCAGCAAGUAUAGAAAUAAAAGAAUUAACACCUGUUAAGAUGUUAUUCAAUUGUUUCUUUAACUGGAAAAUACACAAGCCCGUUAAAAGAGACAAUUCUAAUCAAUUCACUGAAGAAUUUUUGAACGAGUUGAAAAAUUGGGAUAAUUCAAUGAAAGAUAGAGGUAUUACCCAUGAAGAUCUUGGUAAAAUAAUUGGACAAGCCGUUACUGAGAAAGUUUGCCCAAAUGUCAACGUAAAAGAUUGUCCCGGAAUAGUGCAGGCUUGUUGUUAUUAUUAUGUAAAAGAUGUAAGAUAUGACAUUAAACCAGUCCACAUUAAGACGAUGGACCGUUUACAUGAUAAUCUCAUUGAAUAUAAAAAUAACCGGCAUAUUUCAAAUGACAUGAAACGUCUCUUAAGUAUAUAUUAAUAAUUAUAAAUUUUAUUUCUUCAUAGGAAAAUAAACAAUAUAUUAUUUUGUAUUAAAUUAUUUAUGCAAAAUUAAACACGAUUAAAAUAAUGUAAAAGAAUAAUUUUCUAUUAAUUUAUAACAUAAUGUGACUUAUUAAAAUAUAGAUAAAAUCUAAUUGA